AAAUCAGUGUGCAAAGGGGAGGACCGAAGCUUCCCCUCCCCCCCCUCCUCCAGCCCCCUCGCAGCCUCCUCCUCCACCUUCCCCACCGCUCGUGUCUCCCGGUUUUGUUUUGCUUUUUUUUUUUUUUAAAAAAAAACACCCUGGAAAAGACGGUUGUCCGGGCGCUGUGCGAGCGAAGAGCCGGGGGACGGCAGGACAGCGCGCUCGGCACCGCGGGCAGGGCGCUCGGCACCGCGGGCAGCGGCUCCCCUACCGCGGGCAGGGCGCUCGGCACCCCGGGCAGCGGCUGCAGCUCCCCGGACAGCGGCUGCAGCUCCCCGGACAGCGGCUCCAGCACCCAGGACAGCGCACGCCGCCAACAUGGCUCCGAUAGCGGCCAGCCGCCAGCAGUUCGAUGAAAUUCCUACAGUGGUUGGGAUCUUUAGUGCAUUUGGCCUUGUCUUCUCUGUCUCCCUUUUUGCUUGGAUCUGCUGCCAGCGUAAAUCUUCCAAAUCCAAUAAGACCCCUCCAUAUAAGUUUGUCCAUGUUCUGAAGGGGGUUGACAUUUACCCUGAAAAUCUCAACAGUAAGAAGAAGUUUGGAGCAGAUGAUAAAAGUGAAACAAAGAACAAAUCAGUGAUGCCAAAGAAUUCUCUCCAUCUUGACCUGGAGAAGAGAGAUCUAAAUGGCAACUUCCCCAAAACAACCCCGAAAAUCCAGAGCUCUCCAGAUCUUGAAAACUUGUCUCCAAAGCACUUUGCAGAAAGAAAGAAAGAUUCUGUAUCCCCUGAUAGUUUAAAAUCUACCACAUCCCUGUCAUCUGAAGAAAAACAAGACAAACUAGGAACUCUCUUUUUCUCCUUAGAGUACAACUUUGAGAAAAAGGCAUUUGUAGUGAAUAUCAAAGAAGCACGUGGGCUGCCAGCAAUGGAUGAACAGUCAAUGACUUCUGAUCCCUAUAUCAAAAUGACAAUCCUGCCUGAGAAGAAGCACAAGGUGAAAACCAGAGUGCUGAGAAAAACCUUAGAUCCAGCUUUUGAUGAGACUUUCACAUUUUAUGGGAUCCCCUAUAGCCAAAUCCAAGACUUAACACUUCACUUUAUGAUCUUGAGCUUUGACAGGUUUUCCAGAGAUGAUGUCAUUGGAGAAGUCCUCAUUCCCCUCGCAGGAAUUGAAUUGUCAGAAGGAAGGAUGCUAAUGGACAGAGAGAUCAUCAAAAGAAAUGUUAGGAAAUCAUCUGGGCGUGGAGAAUUACUGAUCUCUCUCUGUUAUCAGUCUACAACGAACACACUAACUGUGGUGGUUUUAAAAGCCAGGCAUCUACCUAAAUCUGAUGUGUCAGGAUUAUCAGAUCCUUAUGUCAAAGUGAACCUGUACCACGCUAAGAAAAGAAUUUCUAAAAAGAAAACCCAUGUGAAGAAAUGCACCCCCAAUGCAGUGUUUAAUGAAUUGUUUGUCUUUGACAUUCCUUGUGAGGGUCUUGAUGAUAUCAGCAUUGAAUUUUUGGUUUUAGAUUCAGAUAGGGGGUCAAGGAACGAGGUCAUUGGCCGGUUAACCUUGGGAUCUUCAGCAGAAGGAACAGGUGGAGAGCACUGGAAGGAAAUUUGUGAAUAUCCUAGGAGACAAAUUGCCAAAUGGCAUAUGUUGUGUGAUGGUUAGCAGCUUAGAGAGGGGUUGGAACUUAAAAACCUAUAUAUAUUUCCAUAAGCAAGGAGCAGUUUCCUUUCUUUGCUAUGUAUAAUUACAGGCUUGUAACUACAAGACUUUCUUUUUGGGUAAAGACUGGAUUGAAUUAUCAGAACAGAAGGUAGCUAAAUUUUCACCUUAAAUAAAGGAAUUUCUUUUUUCAUUAGACUUUAACAUAAUUUGAUCAGAGAUUCUUAUUCUUCUGGAGUUUACAUAGCCCUAAACUUCAAUAAGAACAGCCUAUCUUUUAUGAAUAAGUCACCGGAAACCUUAUUAGUACUGUGAUACAGAAGAAGAUAACCUCAUUAAUAUAUAUUGCUGGAUCUAAGAAAAAAAAAAGAGUGGUUUACUGGGGGAAGGGACUGACUCUAUAAAAACCAUUAGGAAUGAGGGUAAGCAGGGGAGAAAUCCUUCUGUCCCUCCAUCAGAAACCUUCUCUUAUGAAAAUUCAAUCAUUAUUUGUAAGUUUUGGUUACUUAUACUUUGAUCAUCCCAAAGACUGAAAAGAUUUUCAGUGAUUUGCUUUACAUAUCACAUCAUGUGCAACUAGUUGUUUUUUGUGUGGAAAUACUGUAUAAUUAUUUACACUUGGAUUUUUUAAUAUGUAUAUAUAUAACAUGGAGUUUUAUUACAGUGAUCGAAGUAGAUACAUUCUAAAAUUCAGUGAGCAAGUUAACAUAGGUUGUUUUGUCAAAGGGCUCCUUUAUGGGUUACUACACAUGAUACAGUAUGGUUAGAAUUUGGGAUUUAAGUAUGGCUUGCAUUUUUUCCUCUGAAAAGAGUGAUACUUUUAGUAUUUCUAGCCAAGAGAAAACACUUAUAUUGAAAUGAGGAAACAUACAUAACACUACAGUCAAUGGUCUUUCACCAAUUAUAUUUUAAGCAGUUUAGUAAUAUUAAAGGAAAGUUGUUCCUCCUUUUCUUAUCUUAUUCUGCUGUUUAACUUCCUGAACUGUGAAUAGUCUCACUACAGUCAAGAACACUAUUGCCAACAUACGAAGUUUAAUGCAUUUCUAAACUUUUGCAGGACAGGAACCCAAGCUCACGUUAUAAUUCAUGCAACAUUUUGUUACGCAAACUACUUGAAAAAAUACAUUUCACUUAGAUCAUUUGCAUUAAUGUCCAUUACUGAUUGUACUGAAAAUUGGUGGUGAUAGGGGGAAAAUAACAUCAUGAUUUCACGUUAGUGUGACAUAUAUAUGUAUUAACUUUCUUAAACUGUGCCAGGUUGGGGGAGUAUAAAGUGUAACACACACAAAUAUAGAAAUAAAACAUUUAGGCCUGUGAAAUUUUUGGUUACGCCAGAUACAUUUUUAGGCUGUCAGCACUAUAGCACAACGAAAACUAAAUUACUUCCUAAAGUUUGUACGCUGAUUUCUGAUAUAGAACUGUUUGCAAAUAUUAGUCCUAUGUCCUUUUCAAUUAGAAUUUAUAUAAAGAAGACGUUAGCUGUGGAAAUAACAAAGAUUUUAAAAGUGCAAAAACAGUUUUCAGUAUUUUUGCACAUGUGUUUUGUGCACAUGUAAUACCACUGAAGUGAAUGAGACUAUCUGGGAAUUAAGGGAUUGCUCAGUGUGAAUGAAGGUAACAGAACAGGCAUACCAGUAAAAGGAAGACAUUGCAUAUUAAAUUAGUCAGUCUCACUAAACAGCAGAUCUAGGUCUUACUGAAAACUGUUGGAGCUUUGUUGUUGACUUUAUCUGUUCUCAUAUGGCCAAAUUACAUCUGCAGUAAAGGACACUGGAACAUGAAAUAUGCAAGUACAGCACUGGAAGAAUUCCAUUGAAGCUCUUUCAGGUUUUGUGUUGGUAAUUUCUCCAGUUUUUGAGAAUGUGUUUGAUAUAAUAGUGUUUAUAAAGUUCUGUAAAAAUACAUUUUCAAAAUAACAUAAACACGCUUUUUAUGAUAAUGCUCAAUGUAAAAAAAACCCGCAUAUUGUAUGUAUAAAAGAGAAGAAUCUUUUUUGCUUAUUUCUUUAGAACACUGAUUAACUGCUUAAGGGCUAGAGUUUGCCAGCCUCUUUCAAGUAGAUCUAACCCAAAGCUAUGAAGUUAAAGGAAAGAUGACCAUAGGCUUCAGUGGGGCUUGAAGUGCAAUCAGAAGAAAACCUUUCCUGUGAAUCAGCCCAGCAAUAUCAGUGGGACUAUGGAUAAUGGGAGGUACUGUUUGAUAUAAUGGAGAUUGGAAGGGUUUAAACUAGUACCAUAAGGGCAGAGUUGUUACAAUUACUAGUAAGGAAAGAACUUAUACGCAAGUGAUUGCACCAAAGGGAGUAGGACAGCUUGUACUUAAAAAAAUUGAGGUUUUAUAUAUUGGCCCAUAAGUAGUACAUUAUCUCUAAAAAAAGAUGACAGGAGUCAUCUGUCUUCAUUGGACACAAAUUCUUAUACCCAGCAGAAAAAAAAAAAAAAAGAUGUUUUGAAUUAAUCAUAGGCUGUGACCAUCUUUCAUUUUGCCAUCCAACAAGAUGUUGUCAAAAUUUUUUUCAAGUGUCUAUAGCAGCCUGAUGGUUAAUAUUUCUACCAGCUAAAUGGCAGUUGUUUGUGGGGGCGGGGGGCAGGAAGGGGACAGGGAACAAAGAAAUUUUUAUUAAAUUGAAAAAAUUGUAAAUAGAAUUUUGUUUUUAAUUUAAAACAAUGUUUAGCUUGGAAAGUGGAGUAAAGAAGACUCGUAACACAUCUGUAAACCAGACAAGGCAGGAGUGAAUGUAGACCUGUCCCAAGAUGAGAAAUUCUGCUGUUUUAUAGAGUAUUUAAUUCUCAUUGUGAAUAUCUUGAACUCUGUUAAGGAUACUGUACUGUAUUAAACAUGUAAAAAAAUAAUGUUUGUCUAAGUAGCUUACAAAAACAAUAACUCCCUGUAUGGGAGACUAUCCGUGUCUGGAAAUCUGUUGUAACUAAAUACCUGAUUUGUUAUGAUGUUGUAACUUAAUAGAAGCUAUUCGAGAGGAAGCAUGGUGUACGAGGUUUUGUAAGACUUUUUGUGCUGGUUCUGUAUGUUGUGCCAUGUGUGUAAGACAAGAAUAAACUGCUGCUUUUGUUCACCCCA